UUUCCAAUCUCAUCCUAUCCAGACAGGAGAAAGUUCUAUAUCUCCAGGGGCUGUUUUAGGGUGGAGAACAAAGUGCAUUUGCACUGCCCGUUUUUACCUUAUGCAUUAGGGGUGCCCAGUAUGCAGACCCCUGCUAUAUUUACACACCCUCUUGAGAUGAGGUCCUGAGUUCUUGCAUUGUCAGAAGACUUUACUUCUCUAAAGUUUUUUACAGAGGGCAAAUAAUGUAGUUAGCAGACGAAGCCUCCAUGUUACAUGUGCACUGGAUAAAAGCCGAACAGCAGCAGAGCAGAGGUGGCUGGCAAGGCAGAUGAAGGACCCAUAUGUAAGGGAAGCACAGACACAUAACUAUCGCUGCCGCAGUGCCUUCAAACUACUGGAAAUAGAUAAUAAACAUCAUAUCCUACAGCCCGGACAUCACGUUAUUGACUGUGGGGCUGCUCCUGGAGCUUGGAGUCAGGUGGCUGUUGAAAAAGUAAAUUCAUUGGGGAGGGAUUCUGCUGCAAGUGCUGGUUUUGUAGUUGGAGUAGACCUUCUUAAUAUUGCCCCUUUGGAUGGAGCUGUCUUUUUAUCAAACUCAGACAUUACAGACUUUGACACCCAAAAGAAAAUAAUCAGCGUUCUUCCUUCUGGGAAAGCAGAUGUCAUCUUAAGUGAUAUGGCUCCCAAUGCCACAGGGAUCCGAGAUUUAGAUCAUCAAAGACUUGUGAACAUGUGUCUGUCCCUUCUCGAGUUGUCAGAAAGAGUCCUGCUUUCUGGAGGAACGUUCCUUUGCAAAGUGUGGGAUGGAAGUGAAAUUAAUCUUGUGCGAGACAGACUGCGGCAAAGAUUCCAGGAUGUGAGGACUGUAAAGCCUAAAGCCAGCAGAAUGGAAUCAGCUGAGGUUUAUUUGUUAGCAAAAUUGCACAGACAGCAGAAACGUUGAUAUGGACUACUGUCAUUAAAGAAAACAUGUUAGAAAACUAUGUUAAACACGGUUGCUCAAAUUAGAAUUUAUUUUGAAACCUUUUUGUGUGUACAUAGAAAUACUUCUACACUUUUUUUUUUUUUUUUUUGCUAAAAAGGGAUAGUUGUCUCAUCAUGCGCUGUCUCAGUAUUGUCCAGUAUUUUUACUUGCAGCAAACUACAAGUUUAAAAGGC